ACAAAACGCCACGAAAUCCAUAGAUCACAUUUCUUUGAAGAGCCAUGCAAGAGUAUCUUCUACUAUUCACGAUUUUUAAAUAUUCAUUGGUCCAAAUAAAUUUUUAAUGUCGGUAAUACAAGAUUUAAAAAUGAGCGUAGUUCAACCAGUUAGAUUAAUAUGGUUUUCAGUAUUUUUUGUUAUCACAAUGCUUUCGUUAGAAAUUUUGAUAGGUUUCUUUAUCUACAAUCGUGUACAAAGUGAUAUUGAAAAGAAGCUACUGAAUGAGAUACGGGAAGACAUUUGCAAAAGGGAACUCGAACAAAUACUCCUCGAUAGAGAAAACUGGACACGAAUGUGUGACACUGAAGGAUUUACUGAUCAAGCCAAAAGUAGGAGCCGAAGAUUUAUAUUCUUUCCCAGAAAGAAAAAGAAACCGACAACACCAUCUCCUUGUUCACAGUCGCAGGAACCGAAUGGACGUCCUGGUAAACGAGAUCACGAACCAUCUGGGACACCUGGACCACCUGGGCCACCUGGGUUACCCGGACCACCAGGACCUGUCGGGCCUGGUAAUAAAACCCCUGGGCCUCCUGGACCUCCUGGACAGCCUGGACAACCAGGACAAGCUGGACGUCCAGGCGAACCUGGGCCACCAGGUCUACCUGGACUACCUGGAUACUCAGGGCCGUCCUUAAAUGGUCAGGAUACGUACAAAAUUCCUGGACAACCAGGACUACCGGGACAGCCUGGGCGGCCUGGUGAACCUGGGCCACCUGGUCCGCCUGGAGCACCUGGAUACGCGAGACCUUCCGGAAAUAGUGAUGACAUGUACAAACCUGGACCACCUGGACAGCCUGGUCAACCUGGACCACCUGGUCCGCCGGGAUUACCUGGAUACACGGGAUCUGGUGGAAACGGUAAUGACAUGUACAAACCUGGACCGCCUGGGCAACCAGGACGGCCUGGCGAACCUGGACCCCCUGGACCUGCCGGGCGAACACAACACGGAGAACCUGGACCGCCCGGUGCGCCUGGACCACCAGGAAAUAAAGGAGAACCGGGACGCGCACAACAAAUUACUGGACCACCUGGUCCGCCUGGUCCACCUGGACGACCAGGGCAGCCAGGAUAUGCAGAGAGACCCGGAAACGUCCCACCAAGUUAUGGACAACCUGGUCCACCUGGACAACCAGGACCGCCUGGGCCACCUGGGCAACAGGGCAGACCUGGUUUCCUAGGACAAGCGGGAGCACCAGGGUUACCAGGUCCGAGAGGAAAUCCGGGUGAUAAAGGCGUGGUAGGUCCCCCUGGACCGCCGGGACCGCCAGGUCGCAAUGGAUAUGGCGGUGCACCAGGUGCACCCGGAGGAAAAGGUGAAGACGGAAUACCGGGAAGGCCGGGAGAUGGCGGCAUUCCAGGCACACGAGGUAAAGACGGACAACCUGGUCAAAAAGGUGAACCAGGGAGUCCGGGCAAAAACGGAUAUCCCGGCGUGCGAGGUCCUCCUGGUCCACCUGGGCCCAGAACUUCGAGCGGAAGUGGCACGAAAGGUGAUAAAGGGGACCCAGGUCAAAUGGGGUAUAGAGGAGAGCCAGGCCAAAGAGGAUUUCCAGGUGUCGCAGGGAAACCGGGAGAUAAAGGGGCGCGUGGGCCACCUGGAUAUCCAGGAUCACCUAAUGGGCGAGUUGACCAAGCCGCAAGCCCUAAAGACACGGAUACUUCUGUAGCCGCUAAACCGCAGCACUCGCAUUCGCACGAUACUUGUGAUAUGAAGAGCAUGAAACCUCCGAUCAUUGCAAACAGACGAAGCAGAAAAGGCACAAAAUUCAGACUGGAAGGAUCAGCUUGCAAUACGUACGGAGUUGGAGGACGACGCUCGUUUGGAACUGCUAAUGCAACUUAUACCUCCUUUAUGGUCGAUCCCACAACGACCGUAGACCAAGGCUCCUGCAAAUUUUGGGCAACCACAAGUGACAAUAGGAAAUUAUUAGAAUUUAAAGAUUCAAUUGCGUUAAGCUUCAAUCUUCCUUCCAGAAUUUACAACCUUGAGAUUCCGUUUGAUGGCAAUUCCCAUGUGAUAUAUGCCGGGUACUUCUUCUACAAAAUGAGCGGGCAAAUACCGAAGAUAAUUAAAUAUAACUUGGAAAGUGGGAAGUCAACUUCAGUUUUAAUACCUGGUUUUGCGAGUUGUACAAUGCAGCCUUUGUAUCUGAGUGGUAUUAACUAUAUUGAUCUCAGCAUCGACCAAAAUGGCCUGUGGGCUAUCUUCUCUCAUUUGCGUGAAGAGUCUACAGAGAUUGCGAAGAUUAAUCACGUGGAUAUGACCAUCAUCUACACUUGGGAAAUUAAUAUUAGUAACAAGCACUUUAUCGAUAUGUUCAUUGCUUCUGGAAUUGUGUUUACCGUCGAUUAUUCACCAACCUUCCAGGUCCAAAUUAGUUGGGCAAUCAACUUGAUACUUAGCAAUGUUACGAAAGUCAAUAUAAUGGGAAUUGACCAGACUGGGGAUAUAAGUGCUAUUGCAUACGAUCAUAAAUAUGAGCUAUGUACACAUCAAAACUAUUUUAAGAAAUUUAAGACUCUGUUCACACUAAUUACAUUUUUGGAUUCAUUCAUUUUCUUAAAGAUCUUUCCUUGUAUUAAUAACUCUUUUAAAAUGAGUACAACUCAGCCAAUUAAGUCAAUGUUGUACUCAGUUUGCUUUGUUGUCACAGUGUUUUCGUUAGAAAUCUUGAUAGGUUUUAUGAUUUACAAAAACCUUAAAAGUGAAUUUGAGAACAAACUAAUGAUCGGGUUACGGGAAGAUAUUUGCAAAAAGGACCCAGGGAAAGUACUUAUCGACAAAGAGAACUGGACACGGAUGUGUAAUACUGUUAAAUUUAAGGCUAGUCCGAAAAACAGAAGCCGAAGAUGCCUCUUCUUCCCCAAAUAUUCUAGCUACGGUUGGAAACCAUCGUCAGUUUCGUAUAGUUGGCCAUCGUCGCAAGGAUCGUCUGGAUCUCCUGGGCGGCCUGGACAACCUGGACGUCCUGGGCAGCCAGGACAAGCAGGCAUUCCUGGCCGGCCUGGAUCCUCCCAUGCGAUACCUGGACCACCAGGCCCACAAGGACCACCUGGAUUUCCUGGCCCUUCGGGACCACCCGGGAAUUCUAACAAAUUUCCUGGGCCUCCUGGAUCACCUGGACGCCCUGGUGCACCCGGGCCACCUGGUCAACCUGGAUUACCUGCCGAAAAUAAUCAUCACAUGAAUCAACCAGGACCACCAGGGGAACCUGGGCGACCUGGUGCACCUGGCCCCCCUGGGGUGCCUGGAUAUUCUCCACCAGACACCAAAGUUGCUGGACCGCCUGGACAACCAGGGCGGCCUGGUGAACCUGGGCCCCCUGGCCUGCCUGGGGUCCCUGGAUUUUCGAAACCUAGAGAUGAUCAUGGCACGUACAGCCGUCCUGGGCCUCCUGGGCAACCGGGACAACCUGGGCGGCCUGGAGAACCAGGGCGGCCUGGUGAACCAGGACCACCUGGAGCACCUGGACAUUCGCCACCUGCCGGAAACGCUCAUGACAUGUACACAGUACCUGGACCGCCUGGGCAACCUGGACGGCCUGGUGAACCUGGGCGACCGGGCCCACCUGGAGCGCCUGGACAUUCGCCACCUGCUGGAAACGUUCAUGACAUGCACACAGUACCUGGACCGCCUGGGCAACCUGGACGGCCUGGUGAACCUGGGCGACCUGGCCCACCAGGGGCACCUGGAUAUUUGCCGCCUGCCGGAAACGCACAUGGGAUGUACACAGUCCCUGGACCGCCUGGGCCACCAGGGCGGCCAGGUGAGCCUGGGCGACCUGGCAUACCUGGGGCACCUGGGUAUUUGCCACCUGCCGGAAAUGGUUAUGACAUCUACAAAGCUCCUGGACCGCCGGGGCAAUCAGGACAGCCUGGCUCACCGGGGUCCCCUGGACAUUCGGGGCCUGCCGGAGAUUAUCAUGGCCUACACAUGCUUCCUGGGCCCCCUGGACCACCAGGACAACCUGGUCGACCUGGUGAACCUGGACCGCCCGGACCUCCAAGUCGCUCGGAAAGACCUCCACACGAUCCACCUGGAAGACCCGGUCCACAGGGACCUCCCGGUCGGGAAGGGCCCCCGGGUCGACCUGGACCACCAGGGCAUAAAGGAGAACCUAGACAAACACAGCGAAUUUCUGGACCGCCAGGUCCUCCUGGGCCACCCGGGCCGCCAGGGUUACCUGGACACGCGCUACAACCCGGCAGUGCUCAACCUGGCCCACCUGGACACCCAGGACCACCGGGACAGUUAGGAAGACCUGGGUUACCAGGACCCAAAGGAAACCCGGGCGAAAAGGGAGCGGUAGGUUACCCUGGUCCCCCGGGUUCGCCAGGUAGUGAUGGAUAUGUUGGUCCACCAGGUGAGCAAGGCACCCCCGGAGAAAAGGGUCAGGAUGGAUUAACGGGAAAACCAGGCGAUAAGGGAUCCCCGGGCGCGCGAGGGGAAGACGGAUUGCCUGGCCAAAAAGGUGAUCAAGGAUAUCCAGGCACUCCAGGCAGGGAUGGAAAUCCAGGCGUUCGCGGACCCGUUGGCCCGCCGGGAGCUCCGGGAUCGAAAGGUGCGAAUGGGAGUGGCUUAAAAGGCGAGAAAGGUGAAUCUGGACCAAUGGGAGAACAAGGACAAAGAGGAUAUCCAGGAAAACCGGGAGAAAAGGGAGAAUCUGGACCCAAAAGGCCGCCCGGAGAUCCAGGUUCACAUGGUACGCCUGGAGUGACGGAUUCUUCAACUGCAGUAACCGGUAACUCAGCGGAUCCACAUUCGCACGGUAGUUGCGAAUUAGAAAGCAUGCGAUCCCCAAUCAUUGCUACAAAACGAAGUGAGAAAAUGACAACAUUCAUAUUAAAAGAGCCAGCUUCCACAUAUUACGGAAUUGGAGAAAAGCGCUCUCUUGGAACUGCUAAUGUAACUUACACCUCCUUUAUGGUCGAUCCUGCAGCAGACGGGGAUCGGGACUCUUGCAAAUUUUGGGCAACCACAAGUGACAGUAUGAAAUUAUUAGAAUUCAAAAACGCAGUUGCGUUGAGCGUAAAUAUCCCUUCGAGAAUUUACGACCUCGAGAUUCCGUUUGGCGGUAAUUCACAUGUGGUGUACGAUGGGUAUUUCUUUUACAAAAUGAGCGGACAGGUACCUAAGAUAAUUAAGUAUGACCUGUACACUGGACGAUCAACCUCCUUAUUAAUACCUGGAUGUAAAAUGCAGCCUUUAUAUUUGUGCGGUUUUAACCAUAUUGAUCUGAGCCUCGACCAGAAUGGGUUGUGGGCUAUUUUCGCUCAGUCGAACGCAGAUUCUACUGAGAUUGCGAAGAUUAAUUACGAGGAUAUGAGCAUCAUCCACACGUGGGAAAUUGGUAUAAGCAACAAGUACUUUAUCGACAUGUUCGUUGCUUCUGGGAUUGUGUAUACCGUCAAUUAUUCGCCAACUUUCGAGAUACAAAUAAGUUGGGCGAUGAACUUGUUAAAUAGCAAUGUUACGAAGGUCAAUAUAAUGGGAAUUGAACAGACGGGAGAUAUCUCUGCGAUUACAUACGAUCACAAGUAUGAGAUGCUUUUAAUUAUUGAUGGCAAAGAGAGGAUGCUUUAUCGCUUUUAUAGUCAUAGCGAUUCACCUGAAUGGUAGGUUUUGUGUAUCGAAGGACGGUGGUAGAUGUCACGAAAUUCUUGGAAAACAAUUAGAUGGGUUUAAUUACUGUAUUGGAACCUAAUGUUUACCUACUACAAAUAAAAUACCAAAAGUAUU